CUUCCCUGCUGGUUUCAGCCAUGUGGCUCUACCUGGCUGCCCUGCUGGGGCUUUACUUCCUUCGCCGAUGGUACCAGGAGAGACAGACGGUGGAGAACCUGACGGAGAAAUAUGUCUUCAUCACGGGGUGUGACUCUGGCUUUGGAAACCUACUUGCCAGGCAGCUGGAUGCCCGGGGCCUGCGGGUGCUGGCAGCCUGUCUCACGCAGAAGGGGGCAGAGCAGCUGGGCAAGGGCACCUCAGAGCGCUUGAAAACCACCAUUCUGGAUGUCACCAGUACAGAGAGCGUGGCGGCAGCGACGGAGUGGGUGAAGGAGCAAGCAGGAAGCAAAGGUUUGACCAAACACAGUUCAUUGAGUAUUCUAUUCUUAUGGAUAUCAUAGGCUGUAUGUUGCAUCCAAUGUUUGGCUGCUUCUGAAACCAAGAAACCCACACUUUCUCUUCCUCACCAGUCUGGUAACAUUUCCUUCUUUCCUUCCUUCCUUGUCUACAUUUCAUAAAAUCUAGCACUGAUGGGUUGUAAAAGAAAACAAAAAACUCAAAGUGGUUUCCAAAGAGUGUAAAACAAUAAAAUGAUCUGUGGAAACAGUUAAAAACAACUACCUGAAACAUUCAAUAAAAUAAAAUCAGCAAUAAGGUAAAAACGGAUUAAGACUUUCAACAUUCAACAUGUAUGGGUAGGCUUGUCUAAACACACACACAAAAUUAGGAGGUGCCUGCCUGAUGCCCAUGGUCUGGCGGUUCCUAUAUGUAGGUGCUGCCACACUCAAAGUUCAAUUUCCAACACCUACGGAAUGGGUAUUAUGUAACGGUGCCAGUUCUGCAGAUUGAAGUGGUCAAUUGGGCAUAUAUAGGAUACGAUGAUCUCGCAGGUAAACUGGUCGCAAGCACUUAAGGGCUUUAUAUGCUAAAAAUUUGCCUGGUAGCAAAUAGGCAAUCAGUGCAGUUCUCUGAGCAGACGUGUUAUAUGCUGGCAAUGUCUCACUCCUGUCGCAACCAUGCUGCAGCCAUCUGCACUACCUGCAACUUCUGGACCAAGUGCAAGUGAAGUCCCACACAGAGCACAUUGUAAUCAUCCACUCUUGAAGUAACCCAUGCACGAAUUCCUAUGGCCAAGCUUUCCAGGUCCAGGAAUGUUCAUAGCUGUCAAAUCACACCAGCUGGUCAAAAGCGCUUCUAGCCACUGAGGCUACCUGAGCUUCCAGUGACAGAGCUGGAACUGGAAGUACCCCCAAACUGUGAACCUGCUCCUUCAUGGGGCGUGCAAUCCCAUCCAGGGUGGACAACCCACAGUGCCUCUGCUUUGCCAGGAUGCAGCUGACCUCUGCAUCCAUGGCUUUUGCUGUUUUCCCACUCUUUGAGAUGACGGGUUCAUGCACUAUCCACCCAAAAUGUGUUCCAAAGAGAAACCAUGAGUCUUUUCCCACAGGACUCUGGGGCUUAGUGAACAAUGCAGGCAUCCUCUGGCAAAUGGCCCCCAACGAGUGGCUGACCAAGGAGGACUUUGUGAGGGUGCUGGAUGUGAACCUGCUGGGAACAAUUGAUGUGACGCUGCACAUGCUGCCCCUCAUCAGGAGAGCCCAAGGAAGGCUAGUCAAUGUGUCUAGCAUGAUCGGGAGGUUUGCUUAUAGUGGAGGAGGCUACAGCCCUUCAAAAUUUGCUUUGGAAGCAUUUUCUGACAGCCUCAGGUAAAUCAUUCAUUCUGCUUUUACAUUUACUGCCGCUAUGGUAGGGAAGAGACACUUUGAUCGUAUGGUCGGCGGUUCGAAUCCCCGCGGCGGGGUGAGCUCCCGUCUUUCGGUCCCAGCUCCUGCCCACCUAGCAGUUCGAAAGCACCCCUAAGUGCAAGUAGAUAAAUAGGUACCGCUUUCUAGCGGGAAGGUAAACGGCGUUUCUGUGUGCUGCGCUGGUGCUGGCUCACCAGAGCAGCUUCGUCACACUGGCCACGUGACCCGGAAGUGUCUCUGGACAGCGCUGGCCCCCGGCCUCUUAAGUGAGAUGGGCGCACAACCCUAGAGUCGGACACGACUGGCCCGUGCGGGCAGGGGUACCUUUACGUUAUGGUAGGGAAGAGACACUUUGAAUGGCAUGUGAGAUUACACUCCUGAGAAACCCUAAUUCAUACUGUUUUUAACCUAAAAGGAAACUAUCUUCAUGUCUCCUUUAUGCAUGCUCACAAACCUAUUUGUAUUUAGCAGUUCUGUUGCUUUUGAUCUUCCCCAAGAAAGGUAAAGCAGUCAUUAAAAUGGGUAAGAAAUCUGUCUGUAACUGGCAGGUUGGGCACAGGGAGAGAUACGAACUCUGGGUUCAGGAGUCAUCAUGUUGUCUCUUUAAAUUUUUUGUUUUCAUCAUAGGCGUGAAUUACAUCCUUUUGGGGUCAAAGUUAGCAUCAUAGAGCCAGGCAGCUUUGCAACAGAAUUUGAUGAAACUUACAAAAAGAACCUCACCAACUUAUGGAAUAAGUUGCCUGCUGAGAUCAAAGACCUCUAUGGGCUGCAGUACUGGAAUAACUGUGAGUUGAGACAUAGAAAUUGCUUUUCCUUGCCCCACUCAGGGAUAUAUAUAUAGAGAGAGAGAGAAGGAAAACUCUGGUCCUAAACCUCCGCUACCUUGCAGCUAUUCUCAUUUGUGAAAGAGGUUUCAGGAGUAAACCCCGUGGAAAAAUCCAUUCCCGCUGCUUUUGUUUUAAACUUUUUUAAAAUUUUAAAUUGCUGUGACCCGUCUAGAAAAGUCUGAAGAGUAAACUCUACACAAAUCUGGAGUGGAGUCCCUAAGACGGUUGGAUAGCACCUUGUACAUCUCCAUCUGGCAACUCCUGCAGCCAAGCUGGUGCCAAACAUCUUGCUCUGCUUUCUUUUGGGACACAUCAGUGAGGCCAAGAGGGGGGUCUUGUUGUCUGGGCAGCGCAGGACCUCCAUACACACUGCUCAGGCUUGUGCCCCAGAGAGGCCACUUCAGGCCCUGUGAUUCUCCAGUGGUUUGAUUUCACCUCUGGAGAUGCACUCCAUUGUCUCCCGAAGCAGACAAUGCCAACAAUAACACACACACACACACACACACACACACACACACACACACACUUGCUUUAUUGCUCACCUUUCCCCAUUAGUUCCCAUGGCAGGUCACAGCAAUUUAAAAUAUGAUAUUAAAAACAAUUAAAAACAAAUUACAGCCUCCCCCAGUAGGGUGGGUCCUGAUACAUGCAUGCAUGUAUAUUAUCAUAUUAGCAUAUCAUUUCAUAUCUUAUCAUAAAUACAUCAUAUAUAUUUUUUAUUUGAUGCUGAUGAAAAGAUGGUAGACUUUGGCAUGGUCAAACACUGUGGUGCUGUGUGGUGAAUUUUCCAAAACUGUCUGGAACCCGCCCCCCUACCAUGAGACAUUGCCCAUCCCGUUCUUUCUCUCUUCCGAACGGUCGCUGAAACCGGAGGGGAAGUUGCCAUUGACAUUUCAGGUCAUUUCCUAUAACAUUCUGCAUUGUCUGCACUGGACUGCAUGGGGCACAUACCUGGGUUAGGCAAGCUACAUGAACUAAGAAGCUCUUACAUUCUGAAAAGCAGAUGGGUCAUUCUGCAGUUCUUCCCCUGCUCCUUCUACAUUUAUCUAAAAACAUCUGCUGUGUCAUGCAGAUGUCAUGUUCCAAAGAAGCCGAGUGCGCAAGAGGCAGGUGGUAUGGCUAACACUCAGAAGCAGAUGAAUUAAUCAGUAACUGGCAGGGCAGGCAGAACUGAAUCUGUGAUCCCUGAACUCAAAUUGUGAGGUAGACGUGGGCUACUGUGAAGCAAGAAGGCAGAAAUAUAGCCUACAAGGAAGGGUAUGGCAGUGAGUACCUGCUGCGAAGAUGCACCCAAAUUCUCCAGAAAGGAGUUUAGUUAAUGCCUGGCAGGUGUACCACUCAGCCAAAAGCUUGCCCGCUACUUAUACCUCGAGCACAAACAGUAAAUCAAGCAAUAAAGCAAACCGAAAACCGCUGCCAGUCCCAAAGGUACCAAUAAGCAAGAAGGAAGAAUUGGACAAACCAAUCCACCUAUCUCCUCAGGAUACACAAUUCUUCCGCAGUAGGUCCAGGGGGACUUGACACAGGCUGCCAUUUUCAGCCUCAUAAGUACUCCCCCACCCUUACAACUCAAAAGCUUUGCAAAGUGGGAACUGAGGUCCAACUGCUUCAGAAAUCUGGCAGCAAUAUCUUCAUAUGGCACCGGCCCACAGGACGCACCUGGUUUUUUUGGGGGGGGGAAUAAAGAAAAAAAAAUUAUUUCCCCCCCAGCCCUAGCUUCCCCGGACCCCAGCCCCCAGAAUAGGCAGCUCUCCGCAAGCCUUGGGAGACCGGCGCGACUUCCCGCCGGGCUCCCACGCCUUGCGGAUAUCUGCCUGAAGCCCAAACCAGCGCGCUUCUCCCCAUCGCCAGCCUCCAGAUCAGGUCGGGAGACAGCGGGAAGGCACGCUGCGCGCUUCUCCCCGCUGCCAGCCCCACAAGCUGGGGGACAGCGGGGAGGUGCAGCGCACCUUCCCGCUGUCCCCCGACCUGGUUUGGAGGCUCCCAAGGCUUCCUGAAGCUUGGAGAGCGAGAGGGGUCAGUGUGCACCGACCCCUCUCGCUCUCCAGGCUUCAGCAAAAGCCUGCAUUUGCCCCAUAGGACGCACACACAUUUCCCCUUCAUUUUUGGAGGGGGAAAAGUGCGUCCUAUCCUAUAGGGUGAAAAAUACGGUAUAUAUGAUCUUUCAGUUCUGUUGUGGAAGAUGCCAGGGCUCUGUGCCCAGUCAGUUACAAGGCAGGGAUGAUUUCUUUUUGUUCUUUUCCCCCCUCCAUCUCUAGUUUCCCAGACGUUCUUCAAUGGUAAAUGGAGGAAUACAGAUCUCUGCCUGGUCACGAACUGUAUGCAGCAUGCGCUGACCUCCCGCUACCCCCGCAGCCGCUACACUGCAGGUCUGGAUGCCAAAUUCAUCUUCAUCCCCCUCUCGUACCUGCCAGCCUCACUUGCAGACUAUAUUGUGGCUUAUGGGAGGCCUGGACCAGCCAAAGCUCUUUGCUGAUCAUAGACACACUUCAGACAUGAAUCUCUAGGAGAACCAAGGAAUGUUGACUACAGCUGCACGAUGCCGUCAUUCCUACUUUCGCCAUCUCCAGGCUGGUAGCAACUGGAGCUCUCAUCUCCUUCCCACUCAUUCUGCUUUGCACCAAGAUCAAUCUACUGAGCUUUCUGUUUAUUCACAGGGAUAUUCAUCAACGAAGGGGGAAUUUUGAAACAUAAAACCCCACUCCCUGCACAGGCACACCAUGAAAUCACCCCUCAGACUGUCUGGGUCGAUCAGCUGAAUGUUCCACACCUACACACUACAGCCUCCUAACCAGAAGAUGCAGGGCUUCCCAUAAACAGCCAUAAUUUGUUAAGGGUGCUGGGAAUUGCAACUCCAUGAGGGCUCCGCUACCAUUCCCGGGAUUCAGCCAUGAACUAUGAACAUGCUUGGAAAUCUGAAUGUUGUAACUCUUCUCCUUGGUAUGGCUGGGCUAGCAUUAACCCUGAAGAGGAUUUCUGCCGUACAAAAUUUAAACAGGUUUAUCUAGGAAGCCUGAAAAGACAUCCCCUUUUCAUAAUACUCUUACAUUUUGAAGGUAUGUUGUCUUCAGUAAAGAGGUUUAUUGGAGGUCCAGUCCCCAGACAAAUAAAAGACCACUAAUACUGGUUUGGAUCGAAACAGGCCACAACUUUAUGGAAUACAGUGGUACCUCAGGUUAAGUACUUAAUUCGUUCUGGAGGUCUGUUCUUAACCUGAAACUGUUCUUAACCUGAAGCACCACUUUAGCUCAUGGGGC